AUGUCAGUAGAUCUAACUGGACUCGAUGCAAUUGAGAGAGGUGAGAACACCCACAGCUCUGGAGGAGGAGCCGAGAACCCUCAAGCCUCUGGGGCACCAACUCAGCCUCGGUCCUCUACAAUAUUGUCCAACGCAACAGAGAACGUUGCUCUUGAGCAGGCUUCGGGCCCGUAUGGUUUCGCUCGCGUCAAAGAUUACGAUCAUCGUUUUACCUUCUACCCCGGCUUUGCCGUCGAGCGGUGUCUGGUUCUCGAGUACCGAGCCAAAGAGAUAGAGCUGCUAAGCAAGGAUCUCAAGACCGUCUCCAAGGACCUUCUGGCGUGUGACAAAGGCGAACCAAAUACAAAGUGGACGGAGUUGAUGUCGAGGCUCGCAGAAAGCAUAGCACAAUACGAUGCCGAGAUGCUGCGCGCCAAGAAGAUGGUCAGUUACAGCGAGACACCAGAAGAGUCCAGCCUUGAUCAACUGCGGCUGUGGCUUAGUGAGCGCUGGGCUGGCCAACUUGACAUGUAUCAGGACAAAAAGGCGUGUGAUUUCUGGUCACUGGCGCCAACGAGAGGCCCCAUCGAGAGACUUGUGAAAGGCUUUAUGCCAGUGACAAGGCUUGGUAGCAUACUCCUCCGUCCAUUCCGGUCCCACAGCCCCCCCACCCCGGAUCUUGAGUUUCUACGAUACGAGGAUGCAGACCUGUCGUGGGUCGUCGGCUUCGUCUUGCUUCUGGUGAUUUGUAUUUUCCUUGUGCUCCCCUUGGCCGUGCUGUCGUACUUCGAUUCCAGCCAUAAUGUCAGGACAAUAGUAGUCCUGGUGAUGUGUUUCCUCGUCAGCAUUCUGGCUCGGGCGAUUGAGACGAACGAGGCACGCCAGGUUGUUCUUGUCUGUGCGUAUAGUGCCAUCAUGAGCGGCUUUCUCUCGCAGUAUUCGUAA